AUGACACAUGAGCUAUACUGGAAUAACAUCACUGAGAAGCUGGAAGGCUCUAAACAUAUCCAGAUAAGGUCUGUAUCCAGUAACGAAGUCCGCAUCGACAUCACAAAAGAUCUACUUAUCAUGGAUAAUGCUCCAUGUCACACUGAACAUUGGUUUUUACUGAAGUGCCCUCCAUUAUCAGAUCAGGACUUGAAUUAUGUCGAUAAGUACCACUGCUGA